CCAGAUUUAGUAUAUAUUAGCUGUGUGGCCUUGGGCCGGGAAAGGACUUAAAAUGUCCUUCUCAUCUGUGUAAUGGAAACAGUGGCAGGACUUGCUUCACGGGUUGUGGGAAUCUAACGGGAGUGAAUGCGCUUAAAGGGCUUACACGAGAUGGCAGGAUUUCUAUAGUAUAUCUAGUAUGAGUUCCACAUCUUGGCCUCUUACCCAACUUCAGCAGUCUCAUCUCCACCAUCUGGAGAAUAAAUGGGAUAUUUGCAUGAAUUCCAGACUGAACUGAAGUAGGCUGCAGUGUUAAUAUUCUUUUCUUCUGGUUGUUAUUAACAGCUCCUCAGAAAAUUAAAUGUCGUCAGAAGACCGAGAAGCUCAGGAGGAUGAAUUGCUGGCCCUGGCGAGUAUUUAUGAUGGAGAUGAAUUUAGAAAAGCAGAGUCUGUCCAAGGUGGAGAAACCAGAAUCUAUUUGGACUUGCCACAAAAUUUCAAGAUAUUUGUGAGCGGCAAUUCAAAUGAGUGUCUCCAGAAUAGAGGCUUUGAAUACACCAUUUGCUUUCUGCCUCCACUUGUGCUGCACUUUGAGCUGCCACCAGAUUAUCCAUCCUCUGCCCCACCUUCAUUCACACUUAGUGGCAAAUGGCUGUCACCAACUCAGCUGUCUGCUCUCUGCAAGCACUUAGACAACUUGUGGGAAGAACACCGUGGCAACGUGGUCCUGUUUGCCUGGAUGCAGUUUCUUAAGGAAGAGACCCUGGGGUACCUGAACAUUGUCUCUCCUUUUGAGCUCAAGAUCGGUUCUCAGAAAAAAGUGCAGAGAAGGACGGCUCAAGCCUCUGUCAACACAGAGCUAGAUUUUGGAGGAGCUGCUGGAUCUGAUGUAGACCAAGAGGAAGUUGUGGAUGAGAGAGCUGUGCAGGAUGUGGAAUCAUUGUCAAGUCUGAUCCAGGAAAUCUUGGACUUUGAUCAAGCUCAGCAGAUAAAAUGCUUUAAUAGUAAAUUGUUCCUGUGCAAUAUCUGUUUCUGUGAGAAGCUGGGUAGUGAAUGCAUGCACUUCUUGGAAUGCAGGCAUGUGUACUGCAAAGCCUGUCUGAAGGACUACUUUGAAAUCCAGAUCAAAGAUGGCCAAGUUCAACGCCUCAACUGCCCAGAACCCAAGUGCCCUUCGGUGGCCACUCCUGGUCAGGUCAAAGAGCUAGUAGCAGCAGAGUUAUUUGCGCGUUAUGAUCGGCUUCUUCUCCAGUCCACCUUGGACCUGAUGGCAGAUGUGGUAUAUUGUCCCCGCCCAUGCUGCCAGUUGCCUGUGAUGCAGGAGCCUGGCUGCACCAUGGGCAUCUGCUCCAGCUGCAAUUUUGCCUUCUGUACCUUGUGCAGAUUGACCUACCAUGGCGUCUCUCCGUGUAAGCUCACUGCAGAGAAAUUAAUAGACUUACAGAAUGAGUACCUGCAAGCAGAUGAGGCCACUAAAAGAUUUAUGGAACAGAGGUAUGGUAAGAGGGUGAUUCAGAAGGCACUGGAAGAAAUGGAAAGUAAAGAGUGGCUAGAAAAGAACUCAAAGAGCUGCCCAUGUUGUGGGACUCCCAUAGAGAAAUUAGAUGGCUGUAACAAGAUGACAUGUACGGGCUGUAUGCAGUACUUCUGCUGGAUUUGCAUGGGCUCUCUCUCUAGAGCAAACCCUUAUAAACAUUUCACUGAUCCAGCUUCCCCGUGUUUUAACCGGUUGUUCCAUGCUGUGGAUGUUAAUGGAGAUAUUUGGGAAGAUCAGAUUGAAGACUAGUUAAUGCCUACUGCUCAAGAUGUGGAAGUGAAGUGGUUUACCCUGAUCUUUUGUUGAGUUAAAAAGUAACUUUGCAGGAUAUUUAGGGUUACUAUCCAUUCAAUCUUCCAGUGUAGAAGAUAAGGAAGAGCCAGGUUUAUAUUUUCAUGUGGCACUACUGACUUAAGGCAUGUUCAUAGAUUUUUCAGUGUAACAUAAUUGAGGAAACUGUAAACCAAAGGUUCAGAAAAUGAAAACUAGAGAGUAUUAAAUAUUAUGUUCCCAAAGCUCUGAAUAAUUAAAAAUUUAAAUAUUUAUUUUCUUCCCCAAGCUUUAGGUAAGGAGAGGGGUCAAGAGUUCAACUUCUCAACCUUUUUAUCUCUGAGAAGCAUCCCUCUAAGACAUUCUAUGGGAGUCCCCUCAAUACGACUCCUUACAACCAACCGGUGGUUAGAAGCCUUAUUACAGUUGUACCAAGAGCCUGAUCUCACUUACUCCAUGUUACAUUCCUUCCAACCUAAAUUUCUGCUAAGUUCUUUUUGGAGGGAGCCCUUUAUAACUGAAUGGAUGGCCCAGUGUCAUUUUGGUCUACUGCUUUUCAGAAUAAAAAUUUAGAAUUUUAAGAAUAUUUUUUAAUGCCAUAAACAAUGUGGAUCACCUGAUAUUUGUCAGCGGCACAUAGUUCACUGGUUUUGAGCCAGAUCUGUUAUUUAAUGACAGUGGCUCAGAAAAACUUCAGCCCUGUUCAGCUGUCCUGAGCAGUAGAGCCUAGAUUCAAAACAAUGCCUUUCAUCCUGCAUUCUCUCCCUUUACCCUCACCCAGCCUUCUGUUGGUAAGGACAAUUUUAAUAUCAACUCCAUCAGCUCCUAGUUUUAUUUCCUCUGCUGGAAUAGGAGAAAGCCUAAUAUAUUCCCAGGCUGAACAAGCUAAGCUUUCUUUAAUUAUGUGCUUUUUGAACUCCACACUACUCUAGUUCAAUCCUCACUUUCUAAGUUCUUUUUAUAGUUCUUCUCUAAUGUGCUUUGGGAAUUUGGUUUCCCACCUUUUUUGCAACAGCACUGUUUUGGGGAUUUUGGCUUGCUUAGAUCCCUAUUUCUGGGUUUAUUGGCUUUUUGAAAAAUUGUCUUUCCUUUUGGUUUAGUGAGUGGUUUGGUAGCAAAAUAAGAUUUUUUUGAAAAAGGGCAUAUUUCAGCUGCAGCUGUGAAAAUGUUUUUUUCUUCCUACCUUGUCACUGAAAAUUGGGGAAUCACUUUUAAUUAUUUUAUUUGUGUGUAUCCAAAGAGUCAGCAGUGACUGUUUCUGAACUGUCAAUGAGGAUGCUUAAUCUUAAAAAUAAAAAUAAUUUAAAAAUUGUCUUAUAAUUAGAGCAGAGUUGCUGAUAUGUCUUUUGUCACCAAGGGCUUGUAGUCUUAUUUUUGAAUAAUGUCCUAGAAAUAAAUGAUCUUGUUAAAGGUUGGUA